GAAGCUGAGGCAGGUAGAAAGGAGACAGGUGGGCGGACAGGUGGGAGGGAACAUCACCUGUGGGCUGAAGAUGACCCGCCUCCCUCUCUUCGCCCUCUCCUGAAGGUAUAUAAAGCGGCAGGCGACCUUUCCCUCCGUCAGUUCACUCCGGAUCGUCUGCCACUCAGCAACAUGAAGGUCCUCGCCGCCCUGCUGUGCCUCGCCGCCGCCGCCUCCGCCAGGAUGGCCUACAGGUUCUCCGACGGCUACCUCGACAUCCUCGGCGCGGAGCCCGUCCAGAACUUCGAAUGCCUGGGCCGAUCCUACGGCUACUACGCCGACGUGGCCACCGACUGCCGGGUGUUCCACGUGUGUCUGCCCAUCACCGACGACGCGGGCGAGGUGGCGGAGACGGCGCACUUCUCCUUCUUCUGCGGCAACCAGACGGUGUUCAGCCAGGAGUCUCUCACCUGCGCCCACCCUGAAGAGGCCUUCCCCUGCGCCGAGGCCGAGACGCUCUACGAACUCUCCAACGCUGACUUCGGCGUCAUCCCCGAAGAGAACCAGUAACCCGCCCGACGCUCCUCGUGUACAGCUUGUAUAUUACACUAAUAAAACAGCGCUUUUGUAUUC